AGACAGCGACAUGGGCGUCACUCCUCUCCUACACACCCGAGGGCCAAGUUGUGUGCCUUAGACGGGUCAGGCAAGCAUCAAGACAGCGCCACCAGAGCUAAGAUUAACACGGUAACUAUGAAUUCCUUACUGCUCCUGGCGGUGGUGGUGGUGGCUGGUCAGCCCAUGACUGAGGAGCCUGCCUUGGAGGAGCUCCGCUCUGCAGUGAUCGUCAACCAGUUAUCGUUAUCCCACCAAACAGCAGUGUUGAGUGAACUCUUAAAUGUCACACGAGAACGCAACUCCUUCCCUCAAGGUCCGACCUGCCCUUACCCAUACACUUUGGUUCUGGACGAAUGCUUCUACUUGAGUCCACACUCAGUCACGUGGGAGGCGGCUCGUAGGCACUGCCGAGGAAUGAUGGGCGACUUGGCCACACCCAAACACCUCUACGCCAUCAGGUCAUUCCUACUGGAUGUGGCAAAAGUUGAAGGAGUCAAACAACUUCAUGGGUUCGUGGGCUUCAGGGACGAAGGAAGAAAUGGCUCGUGGAGGUGGUUAGAUGGACGCCCAGUCAACGCUGCAGACUGGGGUCGAGGCGAGCCCAACGGCUUAGACGCACAUGAAUACUGCGGACAUUUUCGAUCGCAUCUAGACCCGAUGCUCAAUGAUAUCUCCUGCUCGACUUUGACCCGAUUUCUUUGUCAAUAUUACCCUCACAAUUGAGGACGUUGAGGCGCCUCUCUUGGAAAGGAAGAAUUGGUUUGUUUAAUCUUGCUUUAUUUUAAUGUUUUCACGUAGUAUAAUAAAAAGGCAUUUCCAAA